AUGGAAUCCAACUUGGAGGUGCUGAUGGAUCGGCGUGAACUGAUCAUAGAUAAAUUCAUCAGGAUGAAGGAAUCGUUGCAAGGAGAAGUCAACAUUCAUUUGCUCAAUCUUCACCUUGAUACACUGCGGCGGUGCGCGAACGAAUUCGACAAAAUACAUGCCGAAAUUUCCGUGCUGCUGCCGAGAAAUCAACGAGCUGCUGAACGCAAAGAGUAUGCGGUCUUCGAAAAAAUUCACAACGAACUUUACGUUGACUUGCAGACUAUGAUCGCCGCAGCGCAAGAAGCAAGUAAUGUAAGACCAGGUACGUCAAGUAAUGUCUCUAGUUUUCAACAGCCGAUUAUUGUGCAAGCGCCAGCACCUCAACUGCAUGCUCCAUUUCCAACGUUUGACGGGACACCGGAGAAUUGGUACAGCUUCAAGAGCCUUUUCACGAGCAUUAUGGCAAAGUACCCGAACGAGAUACCGGCGAUUAAGAUUCUGCAUUUGCGGAAUGCCCUAAGCGGUUCUGCGAGGAGUAAGAUCGAUCAGGACGUCGUGAACAACAACGACUACGAAAUGGCUUGGAAGAUUCUGGAGGACGCAUACGAGGAUAAACGGCUGAUACUGGAUACUCACGUUGACGCUAUCCUUGAUUGCGCAAAGGUCAACAAGGAAAACCGUGGGCAAUCGAUUUCUCAGCUGGUUGAAACGUGUACGAAGCACGUCGAUUCUUUGAAAGGUCAUGGCUAUCCUGUCGAAGGCUUGGGGGAAUUGAUUGUGUCUAACGUUCUCUAUAAGAAACUCGACAACGAUACGCAGGAGCAGUGGGAGCUGAAGCUGCCUAAGGGAGAAAUUCCUAAAUACGAUAGAUUUGUUGAAUUUCUUCGUGAACGAGGACGCGUUCUACAGCGUACGAAUCGCUCACAGCAACAACAGGCAAUGGUACAGACCAAACAACGUCCAAUGAGUAACCAGAAGGUUCAAGUACAGACAUCGAAGUCGUUCAUCCAGACGGCAAGAGAAGCGUGUCCGUGCUGUGAUGCAGAGCACGUUAUUUAUAAGUGCUCGAAGUUCCAGAGUAUGGAGUUCCCGGAACGCAAAUCAUUUGCUGCGAAGGCGGGUUUAUGCUACAAUUGCCUGAAACAAAAACAUCGUGUAAUCGACUGUCCGUCCGACCAAUGGUGCAAGGUCCAAGGUUGCGGUCGGAAGCAUCAUAGUCUGUUGCAUCCUAGAGAUACAACAGAGAAGACGAGUGAAGAAGAUAAGUCCCCGUCACCAGGCAUGAAGACGCAAGAGCAAACGCAGGAUCAGCAAGCCGUAGAAUGCUCAAGUGCAACUACAUUGUGUGCACAGAUUGGCACAACAAAGCGACAGGUACUGUUGUCAACCGCAGAGAUUUUCGUGGUAGGAACAGGAGGUUCCACCGUUAAGUGUCGUGCGCUGUUAGAUUCAGGAUCCGACAGUCACAUACUCACAGAGAGGUUGGCAAGUAAGUUGAUGUUGAAGAUGGAUCGCAUCGAUCUUCCUAUCACUGGUCUCAACGACAUUCAGACUCGAGUAAAGUACUUAGUUUCGACGAAAAUUCUGUCACGAAUCAGUUCGUUCACAACGAGUGAAUUAGAAUUCUUGGUCGUACCAAGGAUAACAUCGAACGUACCCGUCGUGGAGAUCGAUACUAAAUGCUGGAAACUACCGUAUGGCGUGCAGUUAGCGGAUCCGUUGUUCUACGCUCCAGGAGAAAUUGAUAUGAUUAUUGGCAACGAAAUAUUUUUCGACUUGGUGAAGAAGGGACGCUUGAAGAUAGAGAACAGUGCUGUAACCUUAGCUGAAACUGAAUUCGGCUGGGUCGUCGGAGGUUCAGUGCAAACUAGGAGAGGUGCACCACGUGCACGUUUGUGUCAGUUCGGUAAACAAGAAGAGAUCCUGAAUGAAACUAUGGUGAAGUUUUGGGAAAUCGAGGACGUUCGUCUGGGUUCAACUUUGUCGGUGGCAGAAGCUGCUGUUGAGGAGCAUUUCAAGGACACUCAUGCUAGGGAUGAUCAAGGCCGCUAUGUAGUGCGACUUCCGUUCAACGAGCUAAAGGAUCAACUUGGUGAUUCUUUUGUUAUGGCGAAGAAGCGUUAUGAUCGACUGAUGAUUUCCUUGUUAAGGAAUCCUGAGAAACGUAUGCAGUAUUUUGAGUUCAUGACAGAGUACAUAGCUCUCGGUCAUAUGAAGCAAGUGGAGGUCGUAGAUGAAGGCGGAUACUUCAUUCCGCAUCACGCUGUGUACAAGACCUCUAGUUCCACAACGAAAACCAGGGUAGUUUUCGACGCAUCGGCAAAAACAACUUCUGGAGUCUCGUUGAAUGAUGCUGUAAUGGUUGGGCCUACUGUACAAAGUGAUCUGGUGGAGAUAAUUCUGCGCUUCUGUGGCCAUCAAGUGGUACUGACAGCCGAUGUUCCAAAAAUGUACCGUCAAGUCGGUAUGCAUCCAGAUGAUUGCAAGUACCAUAAGAUUGUGUGGUGUGAUGAAAACGGUGAAUGGAAGGUGUUCGAGCUUCAAACUGUAACGUACGGUGUGGCAAGUUCACCGUAUCAUGCGACAAAGGCAUUGAUUCAACUGGUUGCAGACGAAGGUACACAGUUUCCCCUGGCCGCGCAAGUUAUCGAAAAGGACAGUUAUGUGGACGAUUUUCUAACCGGUGAACAAUUGGUCGAAACGGUGAUCGAUACAUACAAAGAACUAUCAGCAUUAUUGGCUCGAGGAGGGUUUGGCGUUCACAAAUUCUGUUCGAAUAGUGCAGAGGUCCUAGCUGCAAUUCCAGAGGAUCUGCAAGAAAAGCAAGUCAGUUUCGAAGAAUCUGGGAUUAAUAAUACAAUCAAGACACUUGGAUUGAUCUGGAAUCCUUCGGAAGAUUAUUUCGUUUUCCACGUCGAGCCGUUGAUUGAUGGGAGGAUUUCUUCUACGAAGCGUGAGGUGUUGUCGGAUAUCGGUCGGCUUUUCGAUCCAUUGGGAUUCCUGGGACCAGUCAUCACCUGUGCGAAAAUUAUCAUGCAAGAUUGA